AUGCAUCCGUCUCUCCGUGUCUGCUCUGCCCGCGCACACACGCCUCUCAUCAAGUUCUUGGGCAGGAGAACCCACCCCAGCACACCUGAUGCCCCGCAUCCGCACCCUGCCGCCCCCGCAGACCUUAAGGCUCGCUUCUCCGAGUUCCUUGCGAAAAUGAAUGCCUCAGGGUCAUCGGAACCUCCAUCCAAGUCGGGUUCAGGCAAGAACACCACUGUUUACAACGAAUUCUGGGAGGCACCAUCGAGGCUCUGGAAGCCAAAGGUUCGCUAUAUAGAAGAGGCGGAAGUGAAUGCCAUCAUGAGUGGCGGAGCAUCAGCGUAUCGCUACUAA